AGUGCCAUAAUGUACGGUAUCGUAAGUACGAACUUCAUCCGUGUGAAAAGUACUGUAAAUACCGGUGCCUGCGAAGGCUGCACAUCCACGGUACGAGUAUCUGUCUGUAUCGUACCGUUACUAGAUCAGUACGAGUAGUACCUGUACGUACUCGUACCGUGCAAUCGAAAAGUAGUAGUACUACCCCUGAAAAAAGACACCCAAAAGGAACAGUGAGUGAACUCCGAUGCAUCAUCGCACCGCACCGCACCCAUCAUCUCAUCGCAUCGCAUCGCAUCUCAUCUCAUCUGCCGUCGUCUUUGUCUCGGGUAGCACAACCAUCUUUGGUCUCAGGCCGCAUCUUUCAGGAAUCUUUGGAACAUAAUAGAAGCCAAACAGGGCGAACGAAACGCAUCCAUAGCUACCUCAGGGAUCGUAUCGCGACAGCGCAUUGAAUAGUUGCCAAGGACACUGUGUUGUAUCCGUGGCAGGAAGAGCGAGAAAGAGAAAGGCAAGAUCGAAUACAUUGGUAAACCUUGUGUCUGACAGAUAAUAAACAAACCGAAGCUGGUUUCGAGGUGAUUUGUUUUCCAAUUACGAGAGCAUGGGGAUCAAAUAAAAGUCGCUGAAGGAAAGUUUACUGAAAUUUUCAAUACGGCUUUGUUGCAAAAAGGAAGGGCAGGGAGCACCAGGUGUGUGUACCAAAUCUACCAACACGCUCGUCACCAAGUACUGGAUCAAUAUAUCUUCUUAAACAAAACGAAACGAUCAAGUACAGAAUAGAAUACCAUGAGCGAGCGAAUGAUUGAACUCCAGCGGGCCAAGCUAGGCCUGGGCCCACCACCCACUUCGGGGACUUCCUCGAUGGGUUCCCCGCAACCGGGGAUAGGGAAGAAAUUGAACACCACYAAUUCGUCCCUGGAGAGACGUGCGACACCKUUAGAAGCUGCCACUGCCACGCUUCUGUCGGAGGACGCCCAAAUAGAAAAAUUCAUCGAUCGCCUGCAACGGCGGGAGCGAAAAAACRCAAACCUGCACCAUCACCACCAUUCGGAACCGAUGCCCACCAGCCACGGCCCGACCGUACCAACGGCCUUGUCGAGACGCAUGCUACAGCGCCAGGGGGUUGGAUAUCUGGAUGAUACGGUGGCAUCGAUCGUAUCGGCGUCCGCGGAUCGGUUCUUGGCUACCGUGUUGCAGCAAUCCAUCGCCUGCCGGGACCAGCGGCUCAAGGGCGCCGCCAUGACCAGGGACGCCGCGAAGCAACGGAAACGACACAUGGAAAACUACGAGGCCGACAGCGACGAUAGGAAGCGCCGAAGAGAAGCCAUCACUAAGGCCCGCGAAGACAUUGCGGUGCUCACGAUCGCCGCCGCCGAUGCACUUAAGAAGGGGGGAGGAGGCGCGGGAAGCGGCAAGGCAUCCUCCGAUGCAGCGGGCACAAAGAAGAAACCAAAAAAGGGAACCAAAAAGAAUGCUGCCACUGCAUCGAAGCCCACCGGUCCCGAGAAACCAGACGCGGCCAUGGAAGCCCUCGCCAUGGAAGAAUUAGAAGAAGAGUACGACUCGAUAGACGAAGAGGAAGAAUAUUACCAAGAAAAUGUGGUGGAGGUUACAAGGGAACGACUUUGUUUGAAGAAGACCGGGGACAACGACGAUCAAGAAGAAGAAGACGAAGACAGCGAUGACGAAGAYGACACUCUGUUGCUYAGAGAUAUCGUACGUCCACUCGAGGCGUGGAACUUUCAUCUCAACGGAAAGGAAGCGAUAGAAACAGACGACGACAACGACGAAAUCGAGGGGAGCCACAAAUACCUGCAAGAAAGCGGAAACAGUAAGGCAGAUCCAGCUGUAUCGUCGUCCACUGCACAACAGGUGCAGCCAGCGGACGAGAAAACGAAAAGCGACGAGGCUUCCGGCGCCGGUGCCAACGGGGCCGAAGAAAGCAAGGCACCGAGCGGAGACAAGAAACAAAGCGGCGAGCCCGCGUCCAACGGGACCAAGAACGGCGGUACCAAAAAGCCGGCGUCGUCUACAACAUCGUCACCCACAAAGAAUCCACCGGCCUCUUCGUCUUCGUGACACGCGCAGAAAUGACUCGGUUCUAAUGUUCAACGACUGCUUCGGUCUAGCAAUUUAUUGAAAUCCAAGCUCGUUUCGAGAUCUGUCCAUUUAGGGAUACUACUAUCACUUCUACAGCAUAGCUAACGUUUGUAUUUAGUUCUUGGUAUGUAGAAAGGAAUCGCUACAAGCAUCCUAAACUUCAUUAGAGCCGUGUUGAAUUAUAUCGUACCCCAUCACUAUUCGUGACAAAAGAAAUUCCUGCGUGAGCAUAUUGCAUGGGUUGUGAAACCCUGGUCGCKCAUUCACAACAUCUCCUCGGAGGGAGGCGCCGCCCCUUGGAGUAGCUAAGAGCAUUCUUCUCUCCAGAAGUUAUGGUUCUGGCCAACAUARUGCCUCUUCUACCGUACCGGUAGAUCACGAGGUUAAACAUAAUAUUAAGAAUUUUUUCCAAGGGUCGUGAAACCCGACUUUCCAAAACUCCAACCUUUUACCACGAAUUCACAUCGAAAACACACACCAUUCAAAAUAGUCCUUAACCCAGCUCUUUUCUCCACAAAAUGAUUUCUUGUUGCUUGAAGUAUCGACGGUCUUCCUCGUCCACCAGGACCAAAUUGAGAAAGUAUCGCACCGAAAACCGGUUGUUGACAGAGCUAUAUGUGGGCGUCAGAUCAGCCGGAAUCCCGCGCAUAGAUAACUUGACCGGAAUGACCUCCCCUUUGACGGGGGCUCCGUCCAUGAUUUCGUACUUKACUAGGGUUUGCGUUUCCGUAAAUACGUUGCCGCCAGCACUAUCGUUGUUGGAACCUCCCUGCGGUACGGAGGGUGUAUUUCCCCCGGAACCAACCCGGUCGCCGCUCGUUUCCCUCCGAAUGACGGCUAACUCCAUGUGCUUGAUUUUAAUGCGUACCAAGAGAAAAUGAAUCUUCCCCAAAAUGGUGUCCUGGAGGUGAUAGACACGACGCUCGUACUCGAAUUCAAUGUGCAGRCAAUCCUCUAUCCCAACCUCCAUUUUGAUUGCCUGGUUUUGCGCAGGAGCCUGGCCUAGAACCUGGAUCCACAYAUCGUGCUCUUUGUGAAGAGGUGGAAGGAACUUUCGUUCCAGAACAACCUUCACGAAGUAUCGAACGGAAACAUUGCGUCCGCGGUACGACUCGUGCUCCUUGUCUAUAUUGCGGAACAAAAAGGGAAGAUGGACUACAGACUGAUAGAGUAUUCCCGGCGGAGCCAGCUCCUUCGACAGAGAGACAAAAUCGUAAUGGGGCCGGCCUUCGUUGACACCCAUGCUCAUGUCGAUGCGGCCAAUGAAUUGAACCUUGAUCCCCAUGUGCUCUACCUUUUUCCCGGGUGCCAAUUCGAGUGUGACAACCCCACCAAUGUCCUGACUCCGGUCGUAGGCAAAAAGGGCUGUCUCUUGCAUUGCGUGUUGCCCUCCCGACAUCAUGGGUACGACGGUAGCCUGACUGCGAAAUCGAUUGCUCUUCGGAUGCUUGAC